CCCGUGCUCCGGCCCGGGCUCCUGUCGCCGUGUAGGGCGCGGGGCGACCGCCGCGGGAGCAGCGAUCUGGCAGCCGCGCCGGCGCCGGGAGGCGGGACCGCAACUUGUGGAGCUCGGCGGCCCUCCGCCCCAGAUUAAAGCUGGAAUUUGCCCCUGACAAAUAGAAAGAUGAUGAGUGAUGCCAGUGACAUGUUGGCAGCGGCGCUGGAGCAGAUGGACGGGAUCAUAGCAGGUUCUAAAGCCUUGGAAUAUUCCAAUGGGAUUUUUGAUUGCCAGUCUCCCACCUCCCCGUUCAUGGGAAGCUUGCGAGCUCUGCACCUUGUGGAAGACCUUCGUGGACUGUUGGAGAUGAUGGAAACGGAUGAGAAAGAAGGACUGAGAUGCCAGAUCCCAGACUCAACAGCAGAGACGCUUAUUGAGUGGCUGCAAAGUCAGAUGACAAAUGGACACCUACCUGGGAAUGGAGACGUCUAUCAAGAAAGGCUAGCGCGUCUAGAAAAUGACAAGGAAUCCCUCGUUCUUCAGGUGAGUGUGUUGACAGACCAAGUGGAGGCUCAGGGAGAGAAGAUUCGAGAUCUGGAGUUUUGUCUUGAAGAGCACAGAGAGAAGCUGAACGCCACUGAGGAAAUGCUGCAGCAGGAGCUUCUGAGUAGGACCUCCUUAGAAACACAGAAGCUGGAGCUCAUGGCAGAGGUCUCUAACUUGAAGUUAAAACUGACAGCUGUUGAGAAAGACAGACUGGAUUAUGAAGACAGGUUCAGAGACACAGAGGGGCUAAUACAAGAGAUCAAUGAUUUGAGGUUAAAAGUCAGUGAAAUGGACAGUGAAAGACUUCAGUAUGAGAAAAAACUUAAGUCAACUAAAUCUUUAAUGGCCAAACUUUCUAGCAUGAAAAUCAAGGUGGGUCAGAUGCAGUAUGAAAAGCAACGGAUGGAGCAAAAAUGGGAGUCACUGAAGGAUGAAUUGGCAUCUUUAAAAGAGCAACUGGAAGAGAAGGAAUGUGAAGUAAAAAGACUGCAGGAGAGGCUGGUUUGCAAGAUGAAAGGAGAAGGGAUCGAAAUCCUUGAUCGAGAUGAGAAUGUUAAAAAGAAGCUCAAGGAGAAAAACAUUGAAGUACAGAAAAUGAAAAAGGCUGUGGAGUCCCUGAUGGCAGCAAAUGAAGAAAAGGAUCGCAAAAUAGAAGAUCUCCGGCAGUGCCUAAACAGGUACAAGAAAAUGCAGGACCCCACAGUUCUGGCCCAAGGCCAGGAUGGUGAGUAUGAGGGCCUGUUCCACUCCAGCUCCAUCUCCACCUUGUUGGAUGCACAGGGCUUUAGUGACCUGGAGAGAAGUACUUCUUCUACACCAGGAAUGGGGUCUCCCAUCAGGGACCCGUUCAACACGAGUGCUCCAGAAGAGUUUCACACCAGCAUCUUGCAAGCUUCAAUCCCUUCCCUAUCGCCACCAUCUAUGGGUGUGGAAACCUCCGAAAAGUCCAAGUUGCCUACUAAGCCUGAGGCUUCAUUUGAAGAGAAUGAUGGAAAAGCAAUCCUGGGUGCUGCCGCUGAAGCCUCGCUGUGUGAUGGUCUCUCAACUUCGAGUCUGCAAAAAUCCAGCAGCCUGGGCAACCUGAAGAAAGGAACAUCAGAUGGCAUGGAAAAGGAGUCUAUCCAGAAGCCUUCAGAGGAUAAAGCUCCACACGACAGCCGCACCUUUGGGACCCUGCCUCCCAAGGUUCCUGGACAUGAUGCCUCCAUGGAUGACAACCCCUUUGGCACUCGAAAAGCCAGGUCCUCCUUUGGCCGAGGCUUUUUUAAAAUCAAAAGUAACAAGAGGACAGCAAGUGCACCAAACCUUGAUCGUAAACGAAGUGCCAGUGCACCCACCUUAGCUGAGACAGAAAAGGAGAUAGCUGAGCACCUAGAUUUGGCUGGCACAUCUCGGCCGAAAGGUUCACAGGGGACCAGUCCUUUCCAGAUGUCUCCGCCAUCUCCAGAUUCCAAAAAGAAGUCCAGAGGCAUCAUGAGACUCUUUGGGAAACUCAGGAGAAGCCAGUCGACAACGUUCAACCCAGAUGACAUGUCCGAACCCGAAUUCAAAAGAGGAGGGACAAGGGCAACUGCAGGCCCCAGGCUUGGUUGGUCUCGAGAUUUAGGGCAGUCCAACAGUGACCUGGAUAUGCCAUUUGCCAAAUGGACCAAGGAGCAAGUGUGCAGUUGGCUAGCAGAGCAAGGCUUGGGGUCCUACCUGAGUUCUGGCAAGCACUGGAUUAUAUCUGGCCAGACACUUUUGCAGGCUUCUCAACAAGACCUGGAGAAGGAGCUUGGCAUCAAGCAUUCACUGCAUCGCAAGAAGCUCCAGCUGGCCCUGCAGGCCCUGGGAUCUGAAGAAGAGACCAACUAUGGAAAGCUGGACUUCAACUGGGUCACUAGAUGGCUGGAUGAUAUUGGCCUCCCUCAGUACAAGACCCAGUUUGAUGAAGGGCGGGUGGAUGGUCGGAUGCUGCAUUACAUGACUGUGGGUGACCUGCUGUCCCUGAAGGUUGUGAGCGUACUGCACCACCUCAGCAUCAAAAGGGCCAUCCAAGUCCUGAGGAUCAACAACUUCGAGCCAAACUGCCUGCGGAGGCGGCCAUCUGAUGAGAACGGCAUCACCCCAUCUGAGGUCCAGCAGUGGACCAAUCAUCGUGUGAUGGAGUGGCUACGCUCCGUGGACUUGGCAGAGUAUGCCCCCAAUCUCAGAGGCAGCGGUGUCCAUGGAGGGCUCAUGGUUCUUGAGCCUCGUUUUAAUGUGGAAACUAUGGCUCAGUUAUUGAACAUUCCACCAAAUAAAACCUUGUUGCGUAGACAUUUGGCCACCCAUUUCAACCUUCUGAUUGGUGCUGAGGCCCAGCACCAGAAGCGAGAUGCCAUGGAGUUACCAGAUUAUGUACUGCUAACAGCUACUGCCAAAGUGAAGCCAAAGAAACUGACCUUUAGCAACUUUGGGAAUCUGAGGAAGAAGAAGCAUGAAGACGGAGAGGAAUAUGUUUGUCCAAUGGACCUGGGCCAGGCAUCGGGGAGUAGCUCCCAGAAGGGGUUGAGAGCUGGCUUGGACAUGCGCCUGUAUGAAGAGGAUGAUUUAGAUCGGUUAGAGCAGAUGGAAGAUUCAGAAGGGACAGUGAGACAGAUAGGUGCAUUUUCCGAAGGCAUCAACAAUCUCACGCACAUGUUAAAGGAAGACGACAUGUUUAAAGAUUUUGCUGCCCGCUCCCCCAGUGCCAGCAUCACAGAUGAAGACUCCAACGUUUGACAGAGCACCUGGGCGAGUACCAGGAGCACGGGUGUCAUUUUCCAGUUGUUUUUCAAAUAGCAUGUACAACAGGUGACAGGUUGUGCAUUGUUUAUUGUUCCGACUUCUGCUCACUCAGAAGUGGAACUGUAGUGCAGGGGAACGGUGCCAAUUCUGAAGAUGCUGAGAAAAAUGAGACACUGGUGAACGGAAGUAUGCUUGCUCUGCCUCUAUUUAAUGUAAAGUCUGUGAUAUAUUCUAUUUAAAGUGUCGUAUUCAAGGUUGGGUAUUUUACCAGAGUGCUACAUUCACAACCAGGAUGGAGGGUUUGGCCACAUCAGUGUUCACGGCAGCCGUCUAAACUGAACAUGCUGCUCUCCAGAUCCAAGUGCUCACCACAUUUGGUGCCGCUAAAUGCCAGCUGCACCUCCACUUGCCUCUGACUGUCUUAUUUUUAUAUAUUUUUCUAAAUAUGUGUAUAUAUACAGUAUAUAGAAAACAGAACUUUUAUUUUGUGACACAAGAAUCAAAAGGUCAUAUUAAAAACAAAGAAACCCAGUGUUCUCAAUUUUUAUAUACCAGCUGAUUCCUGAAGAUAUCAGAGUCCUCUUUUUCCCUCCAUUGAUAAAUUUUAACAGUCAUUCAGACUUUUACUUCUUUGAUUCCCACAAAAUUGCAGAGCAGCUUAGAAGCUUCAGCUUGAAUUUUGACUCCAUUGGCUUUAUAAUGGAUCCUUUGGAUGCACUCAUAUUCCCCUCAGAAAAGUUUUUGUUAGAAUGACUUUGGAAAAAACCAAAACAGAACCCUUACAUGUUAAGUUUCUUAUUUUCUUCUUUGCUAAAUGUACCAUUACAUUGAACUAAGGAGUCUGCCUAGCCAUGUCGAGUGUCAACUGAUGGGGCUUCAUGUUAUUUCAAUCAGGAUCCAAAUACUCUGAAGCUGCAGAAUACUUUCUAAUGGUUUUUCUGUCCAAUAGCAUAUUGCUCAUGUUUUCUGUAAUACAAGGCCCAAAAGCCCUUUGUAAAGAACAUAGAAAGCUGAAAGCAGCUGUUCCUGUGGCAUGUGUAUAUGUGUGUUUUUAGCAGUGUUGGAGACAAUCUGUUUUUCAUUCAGGGCUACACACACUGUCUACAGACAGAAGCUCACACACUGGGGUACAGGUGGGCAGUUCAGUCUAUGGUAAUAGACUUGGUGAUAACCAUUUCUAAAUGUCAGCUGUAUUCCUUUUAUAUGCUCAGCAGGUUAUGAAGCUGUUCAUUGUGAAGCUUGUAACACUGCUCUUUCUUUCUUUCUUUGGUUUUUUGAGACAGGAUUUCUCUGUGUAGCUUUGGAGCCUGUCCUGGAACUCCUCUAUAGACCAGGCUGGCCUUGAACUCAGAGAGAUCCACCUGCCUCUGCCUCCCGAGUGCUGGGAUUAAAGGUAUGCGUCACCACCACCUGUUCAUUAUUUCUAACUAAAAUUAUCUGAUGCUAACAGUGAGUUCCUUUGAAUGCUCCCAUUCAUGAUUUGAUGACUAUAUUGGCUUCUUCCUGUAUUCGGGUUUUAGUUAAAUAUGAAUAAAUAUCACCAUUUGGAAAGCUCAAUUUGAUAUUAGAAUCUGGUUGAAAAUAUCAGCAGACUGUUAACAGAUGCCAAAUAUUCUUUAUUAAGGACAAUGUAACAACUGAUGAUAUGUGAUAAAGUUAAAAACUUUUGAUUAUAUAUUUUAUUUACAAAAGUAUUAUGCACUGUUGGCAUUACCUUAUGAAAGGAAAUAAAGUCAAUUGAUAAUU